GUUGUUAUCCGAAAGCAGCCGACUACAAACAGCGACAAGGUGUCAUUCUUGGAGAAAGGGGAUGAGAUCACUGCCAUUGAUGUCUUUACUGAGCAGGGCAUCGAGUGGGUGAAACUGGCCAAAGGUGCUUGUGCUCUUCGCAACAUGCAGAAGGAGGUUCCUCUAGAUCUCGCAGAAGAUGGCUUUGUGGCGACUGCCUUGGCUCCCUAUGGCACACAGCUGCGCAAGCAGUCAGCAACCUGA